UCAUUCUUAGAAUUUGCUUACAUAAAAAUGAAGCAGAGAAGAUAACCAAUUUUGCUCUCCCUUCUUUUCAGAUCUACCAGCACUUGAGAUGGUAUACAAAUCCACAGGAACAAAGAUGGAUUGUGCGAAUAUUGUUCAUUGUUCCAAUAUAUGCAACAUAUUCGUGGAUAAGUCUACUGUUUUUCAAUUCAGAAAGUGUGUACGUGUAUUUUUUCACUGUCAGAGAUUGUUACGAAGCAUUUGUAAUAUACAAUUUCCUUUCCCUUUGUUAUGAAUACUUGGGUGGUGAGGGUAAUAUUAUGUCAGAAAUCCGUGGCAAACCGAUAAAAUCAUCAUGUCUUUAUGGAACAUGUUGUCUGGGAGGUAAAACUUACACCAUCGGAUUUUUACGGUUCUGCAAACAAGCGACGUUGCAAUUUUGUUUGGUUAAACCUCUGAUGGCAUUUGUAAUAAUAUUUCUGCAAAUUUUCGGUCAUUAUCAUGAUGGUGAUUGGAGUGCGAAUGGUGGUUACAUUUACAUAACAAUCAUUUAUAAUAUCUCCGUUUCGCUCGCUCUUUACGGGUUGUACUUAUUUUACUUUGCCACACGCGAUCUACUGACUCCAUUUGAACCUGUACUUAAAUUUUGCACCGUUAAAUCGGUGAUUUUCUUGUCAUUCUGGCAAGGUGUUGGUCUGGCUAUCCUAGAAAAAGCUGAAGUGAUUUCGCCUAUUGUCAGCGAUGGAGCUACCACCUCAGCUGGUACUGUAUCAGCUGGGUAUCAGAAUUUCUUCAUUUGCCUAGAAAUGUUAUUCGCUGCUAUCGCCCUCCGAUAUGCAUUCCCUUAUCAGGUGUAUGCUCAAAGUUGCAUGACAGACGUUCAUGGACGAUCCGUAACUAUGCAGUCUAUUUCCAGCAGCCUGAAGGAAACGAUGAAUCCAAAAGAUAUUAUGACAGACGCGAUCCACAAUUUCCAUCCACAAUAUCAACAGUACACGCAGUACAGUUCAGGUGGUAAAAGCGCAAGAGGAAUUCGUGUAUCAUCCUACGAUCCCGAUGAUCCAAACAAUCAAAGUCAAACCGGUAACAGUGGUACGGAGGCCGGUGGUUAUGUUGCGUCAAAAACACUGGGAAAUCAACGUAAAUUUAUGCCAGGCAGCCAAAGAGUCGCUACAAUUAGCCAAAAUUAUAAUGAAAAGACAAUGCUAUUAAGCAGUGACGACGAAUAUCAAUAAAUUUUAGUUUUUUAACGAUGUUAUUUAGUCAAUUCUUUCGUAUACAUGUGAAAAUUAAUUUAUUUAUUUCAUAUAAUAGAUUUAAGUGUGCUUUAGAAAAAUUAUUGAAAAGUUUUAGUUCAUCGUUCGUUUAUUUAUGGACCACUGUAAUGAGUAAUUUAGAACUUUUAGGUUUUUUCUAUUAAAAUAUUACAUCCCUUUCCUCGUAUUUCAUUUUUUAUAUAAAAAUUUAUCAUUUUUAAGAAAGAGCUUUUGAACUGAAGAGCUUUUUUCUGAAAUGCCAGUCCAACACAAACAAUAUUCAAUUAACUAAAAGACAUCGGACACUCAUCCUAAAACGUAAUAUGAAUGUAAUUAAAAUUUAAACCAACCAGAAAAUGUAAAUAUUGAGUCCAGCCUGUGUAUACAAUUUCCACAAGUGAUUAACUGAAAUAAGUUAAUAGGAUUUUUCGUCCGGUGACAUCGGUUGUUCGUUUUUAGCCAAAGGUAUGUUUAAGAUGAAGUGUAAAAUUGCAGAAACUUUAUGUGCGUAUGCGAUGACUGUUCAAUUAACAUCUUGCUUGCUUCAAUUUUGUCGCUUCGAUUAUUUCGAAUUAUUGAUCAUUGGCUACCAUGAAUAUGUACUCUUGACGAUCCUAUUGAUUUACAAUGUUUUACAAGGAUUUACCGAUGAUGAAUGAUUGAACAAUUUCAUCAUCACACGUAAUGAAACAGUAAUUAUACAGAGAAAAUAACAAAAACAAACAGAAAACGAAAAGACAAAAUUUUAUUUUUAUUUUUAUCAAUGAACAAAUGAGCAAACCCUGCCCCGCUUUCAUACAUUAAAUUAAAA